AAAAUUGUGAUGUGAUGUUUGGUUUUGUUUUUAUAUUUUUGUAAUUUUGUAUACUUGUUUGGAGUUUGGAGUCGUAGUGAUCCAAAAUUCUGAUUUGGUGAUGUGAUUAGUAUUGUAUAACUGUGUUAUUAAUUAUUUGAGUACAUAGGUACAUUGACUUAAAUGCAAAACAAAAAUGAGUUUUUCAAGCGAUGAAGUUAAUUUUCUCGUAUAUCGUUAUUUGCAAGAGUCCGGAUUUCAACAUUCCGCCUAUACAUUUGGUAUUGAGUCACACAUAUCCCAAAGCAACAUCAAUGGUGCUUUAGUACCUCCUGCCGCAUUGCUCAGUAUUUUACAAAAAGGCCUCCAAUAUACUGAGGCAGAAAUUAGUAUUGGAGAAGAUGGUACUGAACAAAGGUUGGUAGAAAGUUUGAGCCUCAUUGAUGCAGUUAUGCCGGAUGUAGUUGCCUCAAGACAAAAUCAGCAGAAUCAACAGAAACAGACUAUCAAGAAUGAGACAACAGAAGCAAAUGGUGAAGAAGCUGUUGUUGCUGCCACACAAAACGAGAGCAUGGAAGUAGACACAUCCAUUGAAAUACCACCUUCAAAAGCAACAGCCCUAAGAGGACAUGAAUCAGAAGUGUUCAUCUGUGCAUGGAAUCCAACAAGAGACUUGUUGGCUAGUGGAUCGGGUGACAGUACUGCAAGGAUUUGGGAUAUGAGCGAUAAUGCAGGUGCAAAAGACCGAGCCCAGCUUAUUCUAAGACAUUGCAUAAGGAAAGGAGAUAGUGAAGUGCCUAGUAAUAAGGAUGUCACAUCUUUGGACUGGAAUUGUGAUGGAAGUUUGUUAGCUACUGGAAGUUAUGAUGGAUAUGCUCGUAUAUGGAAUACAAAUGGAAUGCUUGCAAGUACCUUAGGACAACACAAAGGACCUAUUUUUGCUCUAAAAUGGAACAAGAAAGGAAACUACAUUUUAUCAGCUGGAGUUGACAAAACAACUAUAAUUUGGGAUGCAGCUAGCGGACAAUGCACUCAACAGUUCAGUUUUCAUUCAGCACCUGCUUUGGAUGUCGACUGGCAAACGAAUACCUCAUUUGCAUCAUGUUCCACAGAUCAGUGCAUCCAUGUUUGCAAAUUGUCCAUGGACCGUCCUAUUAAAUCAUUUCAAGGUCAUACUAAUGAAGUAAAUGCCAUCAAAUGGGACCCGCAAGGAAAUCUCUUAGCUUCAUGUUCCGACGACAUGACCCUAAAAAUUUGGUCUAUGAAGCAAGACAAUUGUGUGCACGAUCUGCAGGCUCACUCCAAGGAGAUCUACACAAUCAAAUGGUCUCCAACGGGUCCUGGUACACAGAACCCCAAUAUGAAUCUAAUUUUGGCAUCUGCUAGCUUUGAUUCCACCGUUAGGCUCUGGGAUGUGGAAAGAGGCGCCUGUAUGCACACGCUCACCAAACAUACCGAACCAGUUUAUUCCGUGGCAUUUAGUCCUGACGGUAAAUUUUUAGCUAGCGGUAGUUUCGAUAAGUGUGUUCAUAUAUGGUCCACUCAGUCUGGACAGUUGGUACACAGCUACAAAGGUACUGGCGGUAUUUUUGAAGUUUGUUGGAAUUCCAGAGGCGACAAAGUGGGCGCCAGUGCCUCAGACGGAAGCGUAUUUGUUUUGGAUUUACGUAAACUAUAAAUGUGGCUAGGGUUUAAAAGUGCUUUUUUUUAUCAUAUUAUUACAAUAUCACUCUAUUAUUGUAGAACAAAUAAUUUAAAUUUUCAAUUUUAUGAAUGACUUUUAAUUCUUCAAAGCAUUUCUAAAGUCUGAGACCCUUGGUGACACUAGCUCUUCAGUCCAUUCCUAAUCUUUUUACAAAACGACCACUUUUUUCUCCAAGCUCAGGGCUCAGGACUCCCUAAGAGAUAGCGUUAGAGCACCAAGGAAUAACAUAGACAAACAACGCUAAUCAGAUAAUUGAUCUCCCCUAGAACAAUAAAUUUCAAUUAAAUUGGCAAUACAAUUGGCAUGCGUCACCACAGUUUAGGUAAGAUAGUUCUACGGAAACUAAAUAUCAAUCUUCGUCUGGAACUUUCUAUCUUUAAUUGUUCAUACAUAAAAAUGGGGCUUAUGUAUAUUAUAUCCUUUAUGUACUUGCGAUGGAAAUUAUUAGUUAAUGUCUUGAGUGAAAUUAUUUUUUAUCCUUUCACAGAAUUCAAAAAUAAACUGCUAAACAAUUAAAAUGGACCAUCAAAGGCAUCAAAUUUUUUAGGUUAAUUUUGUAGUUGAAUAUUUUGUGAACGAAUAUCGAUGAGUAUUUAUUUUACGUGGUGUCAACAUUUUCCUUUUUGUAGAUUUUGGAUUGCCACAUUAUCCACAAAACCUAUUUUUCUCCAAUUAUUUAUUCGCCUGGAUAAUUUCAGAGGGUUCAAAAAAAAAAUCAUGAAAUCAGAGGUGUAUGUAUAUCAAAUUUUUUUCUGUAUUAACAAAAUGCCAGUUACGCACUUUUUCCAAUCCCUGUACACAGUAAGCUGUGUCAAACCAAAAACAGAUUGAAACUGAAACUUAAAUUUUCUUUUAAAUGAGUCAAACCGCGCAUUGAUCAUCAUCAUCUGUACGCAAAAUAUUUGACUAGAAAAUUAACCUAAUAUUUCUUUGGGUCCCUUGGAAAAUCAAAUAUGAUUUAAUAAUACAUUGUAUAUUAUUACACUCACAUGUCCAAACAGUUUCAAUUCUUCAGCAGUUUAGUUAAUUUAGUUAUAUAGAACUUCUAAAUUAUAUUUGAGUAGGUUGAUUAAAUAUUUUAAAAAAU